AUGGGAAGUCUGGUACAGAUACUCUCCAAAAAAGUGGACUACAGCCAUGUUACAUCCAAGUGUGGGUCCAAGGACAAUAUUAAGCAUGUUCCUGGUGGUGGGAAUGUGCAAACCCCCCCAAAAGCAUCCUCAGCCAGCCGCACUCCAUCCACAGGCGGCUCCAAACAAACAACGAGUGGUACCAGUAUACAAAUUACAAACAGAAAACUUGACACAUCCAAAGUGUCUUCCAAAUGUGGAUCAAAAACCAAUAUAAAGCACAAACCAGGUGGCGGAGAGGUCAAGAUUGAGACGCAUAAAUUAGAGUUCAAGGAAAAGGCACAGUCAAAAGUGGGCUCCUUGGACAACGUUAAACAUUCACCAGGUGGAGGCACUGUCAAGAUUGAGUCUCACAAGCUGAUGUUCCGUGAAAAUGCCCAGGCUCGCACAGACCAUGGAGCGGACAUUGUGUACAAAUCCCCAAACAUUUCCAACAGCACUUCACCGUGGCGCAGCACGUCAGUCAGUGAGAGUCUUAGCUCCAUCUCAUCACCACAGCUUGCUACCCUUGCAGAUGAUGAUUCCACUGCUCUUGUACAGCAAGGCUUCUGAUUCUCCCUACUGUGAUGUUUAAUUUUAAGAAAAAGUUUAGCCUCAUUAGCUGGUCUGGGUUAAUAACUGGGAAUUAGUGGUUUCUCGUGUGUUUAGUUUUAAACAUUUAGCAAUAUAUGAAACUGUGUAGCAUUCAUGUUCUAAUGAAUAAUUUUCAUAUUUACUGUAGCAAUAAGCUGUCUAGAAAUGAAAAGGUAGAGCUUUUCAAGACAAGUCUUGCUGAUGAAAUGCAUUUGUAAUGUUUGUCAAGGCACAAGGAGUGGUGCCCAAGCCUUGAAAAAGUGAAUGUAUCUGCCGUCAAAUUCUUGAAUUCUGAGGAAAUUAAUUAAUCGUGACAGUUUCCUCCUAUUUUAACACAUUACAGGUUAUGUAGCUUUCUGCUGAAGGCAGAGAUUAGUGUGCUGAUUGAGAAAAUACUUCGGUUAAAACUUCUUGAUAAAUUACAUAUUUCUAAAUAAGUGUGUUAGCUGUUUUUGAAGGAAAAAAUAUAUUUAUUAGAAAAACAGCAGCACAAAACAUGUUUUACCAUUUUUGAUGGCAGUUUUUUCACCGAUUGCACAAAGAAAGUUUUUUUUUUUGGGUACUUCAUUAUUAAAAGUAGUAACUGUACCAAACAAAACUCAUUGUGCUUCCAAAGUGCUAACAAUAGACUUUGAAAUAUCAUAGCAUCUUGGGUAGUGUCAGUUGACUUGUUUAUAUUAAGCCCAGUACUUAACUAAUGGGGAUAAACAUUAUUUCUUUUGCAUCUUUCCUUGCUGCUUAGUUUCUAGGUGUUCUGAUUUAAUACUGUACUUAUAUACACUGUAUGUAUGUAUACAUUCAGUAGACUCUGUUAAUUGUAGACUGAUUAAUUUUUGUGAUACUAUGUUAACAGUGUACAAUGGAAUGUGUUGUGUUUUCUCCUUUGUAUUCUAAGCAAUAGAACAGUAAUAAUAUGAAAAGGUUUACUGUACUGGUUUCUCAUAACACAGUGAGCAGUUUUUCUUCUGACUGUUUUGGUGUGAUUAAGCCAAGCUGUCGCUGGAAGUGGUAAGGAAACAUUUAUGUUGUACAAAUAUUUACCCACUUAAAAUGCCAAGCCCAAGGUCUAAUUAAUACACUUAGCUUGUCUCACUUCCUUAGAAACAAGUGUUGACUAAGGUGGAAAAGUGACAGGAAUUGACUUUACCUAAAAACUGUUAACAUGUUUUCCAUACUUUUUCUUCUAGUCCUUGAACUUUAUAGGCACUGUAGGACACAUGGAUCAGACUUUAUAGGCACUGUAGAAUAUAUUGAGGAUUACUGACAUACAGCAUAUCAUACUUUUUUCAGCAUGGUGGGUAAAAAUUAUUUUACAAGGAAAAGAGAAAUUGCUAAUUCCAGGCACUUUAGACAAAAGUAUAGGAUUUAAUGGUUAUAUGUCAAGUGACCUUUUAUCUUUAAAAGAGUUAAGAUGUCAUUCCUCCGAGGAAAAAAAGAAAGGGUGAAGAUGUAAAGAGAAUGACUUCUACAUGCCAAGUAACAUUGUCUGUAGCAAAAGAAAAAAAAUAUAUUGUGCUUUAAUAAAAAAAAAAAAAGUUUGCAAAUAAAUGGACUUGCAGAAUGUA